AACCCGCAAUGUUCUAAAUGUAAAGCAGCGAUGAGGAAAUAUAACUACUCCGUCAAAGAGAUAGAACGUAUGAGAAACGACUAUGCAGACUUAAAGAAAGA